UAAAAAUGGGGAAAAUAAAUUAAGUGGGGCGCAGCAGAUAAACUAGUCCUUAUGGAUGACUCUAGGAAGCAGGUUACCUGUGGCCAGGUGAGCAGCAUUGUCUCCAAUCAGCAGCAGCAACAGGGCUGUGAAAAACCUACAAGGCUUAGGCUACAAAAAUAAAACCGGAUUAAAAACACUGAAGCAACUAAUUUCAAGGUCUGCUUUGACUGAUCCCACAAACAGUGGAAGCUGUCAGUCAUGUUAGGCCACCGUGAUAUCUACUCAAGACUCUUUGUUCUGAUCUGUGCAGCUGUCAUGUCGUUUAUCAUGCGUUCACAUGCUGCAAGAGCCAGUCCCAUGAUUACAGGCCACCAUGGAGAGAACAGUAACAUCCUGAGAAUGCUCAAUACUCCACACAGCCAACAUCACCCCCUUUCGGCUGGACUGCUGUCAAAAGACGACAGAACUGAGACUAAUUUUAGAGACACUCUGUCAGUAAUUAACCAUCAACCGCGUCCUGUGAACCACAUAAAAGGCAGCUUUAGUUACAGCCAACACAAUGGAGAUAACAGUGUGCAGAGAGGUGAAGUGAGGCCUGCAAGCAGCACUUUCACCGGUCACUCUCUUCACAGAGGGCAAAACUUUGGGAGAUGGCAGUCCAGAAAUAAUGAUUACACUGUUCCUCAGAAAGAAAGCACAGGAACUUCAUAUUAUUCCCGUUCUGUGAUUAUUAGGAAAUCUCACAAUGAAGAGGAAGCAAGGACAAGUGACUCUUUAAAGACAGACAAAGAUAAAUCUUUAGAGAAAUUACUGUAUCCUCCUGCUUUUCCAUCCCAGACUAGCAGACACUUGAUGUCAAGAGAGCAUUACAAAGACCAUGAGGAAACAAAUGUGCUUCCCUUAGUCAGAACACAGAGUGCAUCAAAUGAGAUUCAACCAAGCAAAGUUCUCAGCUUCACAAGGCAAACUGACCCUCAUGCAGCAGUGCUUGGUAACAGCUGGGAUGCCACUGAUUUGAAAAAAAAUCCAAGCCCAGAACAACUGAUACCAUAUCUCACAAAUAACUCCAAGAAAUUAAACUCUGUGAGCAGCAGAGUGACACAAAGGCACAAAAAGUUGCAGUCAUACCUCUUUAAGAACUCUGUCGGCCAACUUAAAGGAUCGACGGCUGAUGGACGAGCAGCUUCACGUGAAAUGAGCAACAUUGGCACAUUUGCACAUAAACAAAGCCUUUCUGGUGCACAAUCGCACAGCAAAUCGUUUCCCAGUUUUAGACCAUUUAGCAGAAUAGACCCAAUCAAACAAGAUUCAGUGGCUCAGUCUGUUGGUCAAAAAGAAAGUUUUACCACACAUCGGACCCUACAUCCUACUUUCCACAUCAGCGAACAAUCUCCCUCCCAAAAAUUUUGGCAUCCCUCCUCAGUAGAAGACAAGCAUUUGGAAAGGUUUGGCCCUUCGGCUAAUGGACAUUUGUGGGAUAACUAUUCAAGCAGAAGUGGGAAAGUUUCUCUGGUGGGCCGAGUCAAUGCAACAACAAAAGACGUGGUGCGCUACUACAAACCAGGAAGUGCCACAAAAGGCAUCUUUCACCUCAGAGAGCUAAUAAAACCUCUGUUGCAACCUGCAGAGCCAUCUGGGCCUCCUACCACAGAAACAACAAACUCUCAACAAUCUAAUCUCAAUAAAAGAAUGGACUACAGAUUUAAAAUUGCAAAUGCAUACCCUUAUAUGUCACAGAAGUAUAAAUUUGGCCAGAGAGAAGCAUCUGCUACAACUACCGUACCAGCAAAACUUGAAAGGAUGGAUAAUUCCUCACCCUCUUCUGGUGCCUUACAUGUCACCCAACCCCCAGCUGUUUCUACUCCCAAACCGUUUACAACAGCCUCCAAGCACAUUCAGCAUCUGCUGCCUGAAAAUGAUGCCAGCAUGAGCAGGAAUACCAAUCAGUCAAGAUUUAGACUCUACAAAGGAAUAUUUAGUCUGGAAGGAUUUGGUAAACAACCACUAGAGGGAGCCAAAACUUUAGCUGAUGGACCAAAUAUGACUGUAGUACCCAAGCCAGGUUUUGAAGGUCUUAAACUCACAAGGUUGCAGACCUGGCAACCGAAACGCAUCAGAAUUCACAAAUGGUACAAUCAAACAGGGGAAGGAAUGCAAAGCAGCAAGAGUACCUCUACAGUGAGUCAAAAUGAGCUGAGCAGUGAUGGUUUUAAACCACUUCUGGAGAUCGAAAGAAGCAAUGGAUCAACAACUGAUGAAAAGCACAGCAAGGUCCGGCUUUCUCAGGGUAUUCGGACCACUAUGAAUAGAACAAAUGCUCAAAACAGAACACAGUGGAGAUUCACAAACCAAAACCCAGCCACAGCCUCCCACGUAGUAUCCUCGGGUUAUAUGAGAUCAGCAGGGCGCCAUAAAUUUGUUCCAAGCUUAAUUUCGAGGCCGAGGGCAGCCAAAAAAAACAAAUUUGUUCCAGAAGGGGGAAUCCUGCGCAAUGCUUCCACCAGCAGCACAGUGAGGGGCAAACGUGUGAAGCAAAAAUCCAACAGCAAAAAGCUCAAUGGAUUCAGCAGUCUGACUAAUGCAGCCAUAGUCAGGCUGCCCAAGCACCCUGCCAGAGUUAGCCCCAUCACAUAUGCUGACAUUCUUGGAAGUGCUUCUUUCAGUAGUGUGAAAGCUGCAAGCCAGACACCAACCACACUGACUGAUAGGGAUUAUUUUCCAAACAUGACUACAGCAGAGGGAAAAGGAGGGCAGAUGUUUAGGACUGAUGAUGGGAGAAACAUGAGCGGGAGUCCUGAAGCAAGUCCUGACAGUGAGAAGAAAGACUUGAAAAGUGUUGAGGAAAUGGACAAUGAUGAACAAAUGGCAGAUUUAUUUCUUGACCAUGAAGGGAGUGGUGUUGGAGGUUUUAAUCGGUUGGAUGUUUUAUCAACUGUCACAGAAAGUCAAGAGCCUGGGAAAGAUUCUUUAGAGAUGGAUUACCUCAGAAUAGCUACAGGGAACAUCUCCUUUAAGUCUGCAAAACAGUCUGAUCAGCAAUAAAAAUGUGUCAGCGUUUAACAGUUGGAGUAAUUCCAAUAAAAGCAGGAAAAGUACGUGUGGUUUUGUUCUUGUUUUGACAUGAACACUACCUCUAAGUUUUUCUUUUAUCUUUUAAAUCAAAGCCAAAAAUUGUCAAAUUUUUGUCAAAAUGUGCUUAUGUUAAAUAUGUGUUGUUGGAUUUUUAGGGACGAUCCAAUAAAUCAGGACCAUUUACUUUGAA